CUACCAUGUCAACUAGAUCAGAGAGCUGGAAGAAGAAAAGAAAGGCUUGAUUACGAAGCUUCAGGUGGAAGAGAACAAGGUAGAGAGUAUCAAGAAGGAUAAGGCGGCUACAGAGAAGUUGCUGCAAGAAACCGUAGAAAAGCACCAAGCAGAACUUUCAGCUCAGAAAGAAUACUAUGCAAAUGCCUUGGCUGCAGCCAAGGAGGCUGAAGCAUUAGCUGAGGCACGUGCUAACAGUGAAGCCCGAACUGAACUAGAAAGUCGCCUGAGAGAAGCCGAGGAACGUGAAGCUAUGCUAGUUCAGGCACUUGAGGAAUUAAGGCAAACUCUAAGUAGAAAGGAGCAGCUGGCAGUUUUUAGAGAAGAUAUGCUUCACCGGGACAUUGAAGAUCUUCAGAAACGGUAUCAAGCAAGUGAACGUCGAUGUGAAGAAUUGGUUACCCAGGUUCCAGAAUCUACAAGGCCUCUCCUGCGGCAAAUUGAAGCUAUGCAGGAAACAACAGCCAGAAGGGCAGAAGCUUGGGCAGCUGUAGAGAGAUCUCUUAAUACUCGACUUCAGGAAGCUGAGGCCAAAGCUGCAGCUGCUGAAGAAAGAGAGCGAUCUGUGAAUGAACGUCUGUCUCAAACAUUAUCUAGGAUUAAUGUUCUUGAAGCUCAGAUUUCUUGUCUUAGAGCAGAGCAGACACAGCUAAGUAGGUCCCUUGAGAAGGAGAGACAGAGAGCAGCUGAAAAUAGGCAGGACUACCUGGCAGCAAAAGAGGAGGCCGAUACUCAAGAAGGUCGUGUGAACCAACUUGAAGAGGAAAUUAGAGAAUUGUGGCGGAAACAUAAGCAAGAGUUACAGGACGCACUAGUGCACCGGGAACUCCUUCAGCAGGAUUUAGAAAAGGAAAAGGCUGCUCGGAUAGAUCUGGAAAAGACAGCCCGUGCCCAUUCUACUGCUAUAUCAGAAAGGACAUCCAUAUCCAGGCAAAGUUCUGCUUUCGAGAAUGGAAACAUGCACUUGCCCCGAAAAGUCUCUAGUGCAACCAGCAUUGGCAGCAUGGAGGAGAGCUAUUUUCUUCAAGCAUCUUUAGAGUCAUCUGACGGUUUAUCGGACAGGAGAGCCACUGGUGAGGCAACCAUGAAUCCGUACUACAUGAAGAGUAUGACACCUAGUGCCUUCGAAGCUGCACUUCGCCAGAAAGAGGGAGAACUAGCAUCCUAUAUGUCUCGUUUGGCAUCGAUGGAAUCAAUCCGUGAUUCUCUUGCUGAGGAGCUAGUCAAAAUGACUGCACAGUGUGAAAAGUUACGGGCUGAGGCUACGAUGCUGCCAAGCAUCCGAGCAGAGCUUGAAGCACUCAGGAGGAGGCAUUCUGCUGCUCUUGAGCUGAUGGGUGAACGUGAUGAGGAGCUGGAGGAACUCCGUGCCGAUAUUGUAGACUUGAAAGAAAUGUACAGGGAGCAAGUAAACUUACUGGUGAACAAGAUACAAAUCAUGAGUUCAUCAACGGACAACUCCUGACUGGACAUUGCUAAAGAAUAUUCCAGUCAGAUGUAACAUUCUUGGUAUAGUUUAUAUGAUAUUCGGUUAAAUGCAUUGGCAUUUCAAAGAAAUUUUCCUCUAAUCAUUUUGAGGUUUGUGUCCUGUCAUCUACUUAUUGUUUGAGUUUUUUGUUCUGUGCACGUCUUUGGCAGCUGAAUUCAGACCUAGGCCAACUUUUGUGUAUUGUAAGAUAAGGAAAUUGGUUGUAUAGGAUAAACUAGUGUCAUAACUUAGUAUUUCUCGUUGAAAGAUUUCUAAUUUUUGAUUCUUAUAAUUCACGUAAUAAAAAAGAUUAUUUGUUUA